AGUUUCCUCCCCCGCCCCAAACUGCCAUCCCAAUUAAUAAUCCUCCUAAUAACCUGAUCCGCCGCUCCUCCCCACCCGCCUGCCUCCCUCCCGCCCUAGCUCCUGCCUCCUCCUUUCUUCUUCCCACCUCCUUGGCCGCGGCCGCAGGGGAAGCCGGCGGCCGCCCCGGGUGGGGACUUCGGAGCCCGGGGCUUCCAGGCGAGGGUCCCACCCCCGCGCCUUGGUUUGCGCUCCGCGCCGAGAGCUCGGGCCGCCGCACAGCGCAUCCCCCGGCAUCGGGUUCCCAAGUUAAAAGUCCGCGGGGGAACCUCGGGCGGACACCCUUCCUCUCCCGGGCCCCUCCCGGCGCCCCCGCCCAUGUCCGCCGGGGAGGCCGCCUGCUGUGGAGGCGGCGGCCGAGGCCGAGGCCGAGGCAAACUGUGGGUGACCGCGCUUGCGGGGGACUUGGCCAUCCGUGCACUGGGACCUGGGGAGGAAGAACCAGAAGCACCCCAACCUCCCCGCCUCCAGCAUUUCGGAUCCCCCGCAGGGACUCGUUUCGGGGACCCCUCUGACUCCCAGGCAGGACGUGUGUCCCCCCCGACCCCGGCGCGGGCGGCCACCUGUCUUUGCCGCGGUGACCCCGCUCCCAUGACCCUGCGGUGCCUCGAGCCCUCCGGGAAUGGCGCGGAAGGGACGCCGAGCCAGUGGGGGCCCGCGGGGCCCGCGGAGGAGCCGACCCCCGAGGCGGCGCGUUUGGCGAAGGCCCUGCGGGAGCUCAGCCACACAGGUUGGUACUGGGGAAAUAUGACUGUUAAUGAAGCCAAAGAGAAAUUAAAAGAGGCACCAGAAGGAACUUUCUUGAUUAGAGAUAGCUCGCAUUCAGACUACCUACUAACAAUAUCUGUUAAAACAUCAGCUGGACCAACUAAUCUGCGAAUCGAGUACCAAGAUGGGAAAUUCAGAUUGGACUCUAUCAUAUGUGUCAAGUCCAAGCUUAAACAAUUUGACAGUGUGGUUCAUCUGAUCGACUACUAUGUUCAGAUGUGCAAGGAUAAGCGGACAGGCCCAGAAGCCCCCCGGAACGGCACUGUUCACCUUUAUCUGACCAAACCGCUCUACACGUCAGCACCACCUCUCCAACAUCUCUGUAGACUCACCAUUAACAAAUGUACCGGUACCAUCUGGGGACUGCCUUUACCAACAAGACUAAAAGAUUACUUGGAAGAAUAUAAAUUCCAGGUAUAAGUGUUUCUCUUUUUCUAACCAUGCCUCAUAUAGAGUAUCUCCGAAUGCAGCUAUGUAAAAGAGAACCAAAACUUGAGUGACUGCUCUGGAUAACUACUCGGAAUUCUAAAAACAGCUGAAGCCAAUCUAAUUCAAACGUGUGACGAGGUAGCUAGGUAUUUAAAGUUCCCCCGAAUAUUUUUCACCCAAGUGAUGCUUAUCUUCCUAAGGCUAACCAGGACCAGUUGAUCCUUUUGAGUUAAAAACAAAAUGUCGUGAGUAAAGGCUGAAGGAACAUUUGAUCAGAAUGCCUUGCCUUUCUGAGGUUCCUCUCUAUUAGGUUGAAGGUGCAAGGCCCCGUAGUAGGGGAAGAACUGGACAUAGGAGUACUGAAGAAGUGGAAGGAACCCAACUGGCCCAGGCUUAGCUUCAAUUUUAGAUGCCUGGUGAUCAGAGCCUCCUGUAGGACAUUUUCUCUUUUUGCAUUCUUGAUGUACCUAGGAGUUUUGUUAAACAGAUCUGCUUGUGAGUAUUUAUCCUUCGUUUUAUGCAAUUAAUCAAAUCAACCAAAAAAGUGACCAUGAAAUCCCAUAUUUGACUUUUUACUACAUGUAUGAACUCUUCUGAUGUGAAUGAGUACUGUAGUAAUCCGUUUUAAGGUAGCCUUAUUUUAGAAACAUUUCAAACUGGUGCACACAGAAAAGACUCUGUCUUUUCCUUUAAGGCUAAAAGACAAGAAUGUCAUGCUCUACAGGUGCAACUCAAUCCCUGUUAAUAAAACCUUGUAGAUACAGACAUUUGAUUCUUUUAAGUAGCUGUGUCCCAACCUGUUGCCAUUGACUUUUUUAGAAAUGGCUGUAGAAAUUUCCAAGUUAUCCUUGAAUUGUCUAACCAUGGACAUCAGCAGUUGUCUCCCUUCUACCAUGUAGAAUAUUUUGACUUAAUUUUCUUCCAGAUAUAGGGGGAUACCUGCCUGUUUUUUUUCAAAGUGUUUAUUUACUGCUGUUACUAUUUGAUUAGAAUGUAUUAAAUAAAAAAAAAACUUGACUUUUA